AUGCCUUGGGUGUGGCGGACGAAUCUGAAUCACACGCCCCCGGUCACAGAAAAGGUCUACCCUUCCCCACCCUUGACGAUGGCCAACGGGGCGUAUUACCAUAAUGGUAGCGUCUAUUGGGCACAGGAAGGGAACUGGACUGUGCCCGGAGGCAUCGUCCGCAUGAAUCCCCUAACCCUCGAGACUGAGGUAGUUCUGAACAACUUCUUUGGUCACCGUUUCAACAGCCCAAAUGAUAUCAUCAUCAAGCGCAAUGGUGUUGCAUUCUUCACCGAUGGAUACUAUGGCUAUGAUAACUUCAACGAUACGCUCAAACCAGAGCUAGCAAACGGCGUAUGGCGGUGGGACAUGCAUACUGGUAGCCUCCGGGUGGUGCUCGGGGCAGGUGGUGGACCAUUCACGAACCCCAACGGGGUGGCUCUGAACCUGGAUGAAGACAAGCUCUUCAUCACUAAUCGUGGCAACACUUCAGACAACCCAGCCGGAGGGCGGACCAUCUACCAGUAUAGCAUUUCUCCUACGGAUACGGGACUUUCGGACGAUCGUGUUUUUACCUACGUGGAUGCUGGCUUUCCCGAUGGCAUCAAGGCCGACAGUGAAGGAAGGAUCUACGGAGCAGUCACAGGUGGCGUCCAUGUAUUUGAUGCGGAUGGCACUUUCCUGGGUAUCAUCCGGGUAAAGACGGGAGACGUUGCUGUCAAUAUGCAAUGGGUGGAGGAUACACUUUAUAUCGUGGGAAGAGGGCACCUGUACAGAGUGAACCUCAACACUACAGGCUCUCAGAUGUAUUAA